AUGGCGGCAAUCAGCAACAUUGGUUUACAAUUUCCACGGAAUUUGAGCAAUGCAAAGAAGGAAAAUGUGGUCACCAAAGGGGAGGUUUUGUGGCUGAGUUUUUAUUCUUCACGCAAUACUAACAAGUCGAACAAUGAAAAACGAAGAUUUUCUUUGGUAACUGCAAGUUAUAAUGAUAAUAGUCCCGGAAAAGUUGACACAAUCAAUGGAACGAAGGUGAAUGGAACACAUGUGGCAGAGGUUCAUCUCUCAGCAGGCAAAUUGGCAAACGAAAGCGCAGUAGAUGCAGCACUUGUUAACAGCUUGCAUGGAAGGUUUGUGGAGGGCAAGCUUGUGUAUAGACAGAUUUUCGCUAUCAGGUCUUAUGAAAUUGGACCAGAUAAAACUGCCACCAUGGAAACACUCAUGAAUUUUCUUCAGGAAACUGCUCUGAAUCAUGUUAACAGCUCUGGGAUAGGUGGAGACGGUUUUGGAGCUACCCGCCAGAUGAGCCUUCGGAAACUCAUUUGGGUUGUUACUCGUAUUCAGGUUCAAGUGCAGAGAUAUAGCAAAUGGGGAGAUGAAAUUGAAGUUCAUACUUGGGUUGAUGCAGCAGGAAAGAAUGGAAUGCGAAGAGAUUGGAUAAUCAGGGAUCACUACACCAAAGAGAUCAUAACAAAAGCAACAAGCACAUGGGCGAUUAUGAAUAGAGAAACAAGAAGACUAUCCAAGAUGCCUGAUCAAGUUAAGCAAGAGCUUUCUCCUUUUUACCUUUAUAAUAGGCUUGCCAUUGCCAGUGAAGAAACAGAUUGUGAAAAGAUAAACAAGCUCACUGAUGACAAUGCUGAGAGAAUCCAAUCUGGAUUAGCUCCAAGGUGGAACGACAUGGAUGCCAACCAGCAUGUCAAUAAUGUGAAAUACAUUGGAUGGAUGUUAGAGAGUGUGCCAACAGAAGUACUACAAGAUUAUAAUAUGACAAGCAUGACUUUAGAGUUUCGGCGUGAAUGUAUGCAAUCAGAUUUGUUGGAAUCCAUGACUAGUCCAACAGCAAAAGUAAUCGGCGAGUCUGAUAAUAACUCCUCCAACAGAAAACCCCACCUUCAAUACACACACCUGCUUCGUCUGCAAGAUGAUCGAUCAGAUGUUCUCCGAGCCAGAACUGAAUGGCAUUUAAAGCAAAAUGAACAAUGA